AUGCAUGUCCUUCUUACCGGCGGCACUGGCAAGACCUCAGUCCGCCUAGCCCGCUUCCUUCAAAAUGAGAACAUUCCCUUCCUGCUAGCCUCUCGUCGCAGUUCCUCCGCCGCUCCCUCUGGCAUGCCAGCUGUCAAAUUCGACUGGAUGGACCAAUCCACCUGGAAAGAACCCUUCCAAUACCGCUUUGCCGGGGGCGGGACUAUCUCGGCCAUCUAUCUUAUGCAACCGCUGGUCGCCGAACCCUGGAAGCCUAUGAACGAAUUUAUUGACUAUGCGCGUAAGGAACAUGGGGUCAAAAGAUUUGUACUGGUUGCUGGCAGCUCCACCGAGCCGUCGCAGCCGGGCGUGGGGAUGGUAUGGCAGCACUUUUUGGACACUGGAGUCGACUACUGUGUGCUUCGGCCUAGUUGGUUUAUGGAAAAUCUCUCCGAGGAGGGUGUGAGCAGUGUCAUCCGGGAUCAGGGCAAAAUCUACACGGCCUGCGGCGAUGGGAAAAUUCCCUUCGUGGGUGCCAUUGAUAUUGCCGCAGUCGCCUUCCGGGCUAUCACAGACUCCCAAUCGCAUAACUGCGACCACCGCGUGCUAGGACCGGAGUUGCUAACCUACGACGAGGUUGCCGAGAAACUCUCCGCAGCGCUGGGUCGCCCUAUCGAGCAUGUUAAGCUCUCUGUGGACCAGCGAUACGAAGGCCUCGUCAGCGCUGGGCUCCCUGACUACUACGCUCGGUUCCUGGCGGAUUUGGAAGCUGCGGCAUCCACAGGAUCGGAAACUCGUAUGGAUGCUGCUGUGGAGAAGGUGACAGGCCGGGCUCCUAGGACUCUGGACCUUUUUGCACAUGAGAACGUAGGCUUGUGGCAGCCGGUCAGCCAGUGA